AUGCACCGAGUAUUCCAACAACAGCUACCUAGGUCUAGUCUUCUCUUCCGAAGACCCAAACUACAUUGCCAUCCACUAACGACGUUCACUAAAGGACACAUUCCCUUGAACACAAGUCUUUCUGAACCAACACUCGACAGAAAAGCACACAAUGAUCAGCAUGUGAUACUAAGUAAGUUGAAGCCGAUACAGCCAAGUGAUGUAUACGUAUCAUGCACAGUAUUUGAUUCGAAAGGUAAUAUCACUGCCGUGUCCAAAAAAUAUCCCAAGAUGCUAUUCUUGAAGGAGAACCACCUAUUUCCACGAGAUUUGCGAAAGAUUGAUACCUCAUCUAUUGAUGUCAUACCGACUAUUAUGAUACGGCCGUCAAAUGCCAUCCUUGUCAACUUGUUGUAUAUAAAAGCCAUAAUAAAGAAAAAUUCGGUCAUGGUGUUUGACACAUCGAAUAGCGAAGUGGCGACCAAAUUGGGCAUAUUGAUGUAUGAUUUAGAAAUGAAGUUGAAAUCGUCGUCAAAUUCGACAUCCAUGCCAUAUGAAUUCAGAGCAUUGGAGCUGAUCUUGGUUAGUGUAAUGAGCUAUUUGGAGGCGGAAAUAAAGACCUACAUUUCAAGUUGUGGCAUGAUAUUGGGCGAACUAGAGAAUCAAGUCGACCGAAAGAAAUUACAAGAGCUUUUAAUACGACUGAAGCAGUUGUCUAGUUUCCACCAGAAGGCAUUGUUAAUUAGAGAUGUCUUGGAGGAGUUGUUGGAGAAUGAUGAAGAUUUGGCAGGAAUGUAUUUAAGUAAACCGAAAGUGCCGGGACAUGAAGAAGAAGAGAGUUAUGAGGAUUUAGAAAUGAUCUUGGAGAGUUAUUAUAGACAAUGUGAUGAAUGCGUCCAACAAGCAGGCAGUUUGUUGAAUGACAUUAGAGCAACUGAGGAGAUUGUAAAUAUCAUUCUCGACGCCAAUAGAAACUCCCUUAUGCUAUUUGAAUUGAAGGUUACUGUUUACACUUUGGGUAUAACUGUUGCAACUUUAAUACCUGCCUUUUACGGAAUGAAUUUGAAAAAUUAUAUCGAAGAUUCGAAUUUGGGGUUUGCAGCAGUUGUGGUGUUUUCUCUAAUACAAGGUGGAAUUAUAACCUGGUACAAUUUCAAAAAGUUGCACAAGGUUCAAAAGCUCACAAUGAUGGGAACCAAUGAUACCUCAAUGAAUGUGUCGUCCAUGUAUUCUUCGACAAUUAGGAAAAACAGUCUGUUCCUACGCCGAUUAAUAUUCGGUUCCGGUACGUACAGGAGAAAGAAUUUCGACCGACCUACGAAACGAGAGAAGGACGUUAUUUGGAGAAUGAUUAAUGAUGAUAGACCAAGAUAUUAG